AUGGUAAGACACCAGCCCCUGCAGUACUACGAGCCCCAGCUGUGCCUCUCCUGCCUCACAGGCAUCUACGGCUGCCGCUGGAAACGCUACCAGCGCUCGCACGAUGACACCACACCGUGGGAACGCCUCUGGUUCCUGCUCCUCACCGUCACCUUCGGCCUCACCCUCACCUGGCUCUACUUCUGGUGGGAAGUCCACAAUGACUACGAUGAAUUCAACUGGUACCUCUACAACCGCCUGGGCUACUGGAGCGACUGGUCCGUGCCCAUCCUCCUGACGGCAGCCACCGCCUUCACCUACAUCGCGGGCCUCCUGGUCCUGGCGCUCUGCCACAUCGCCGUGGGGCAGCAGAUGAACCUGCACUGGCUGCACAAGAUGGGGCUGGUGGUCAUCCUGGUGUCCACGGUGGUGGCUAUGUCGGCCAUGGCCCAGCUGUGGGAGGACGAGUGGGAGGUGCUGCUCAUCUCCCUGCAGGGCACAGCUCCGUUCCUGCACAUGGGGGCCCUGGCCGCCGUCACUGUGCUCUCCUGGAUCGUGGCGGGACAGUUCGCCCGGGCAGAGCGGUCCUCCUCCCAGAUGGCCAUCCUCUGCAUCUUCUCCGCCGUGGUGUUCACCCUCUACCUGACCCCGCUCACCAUCUCCUCGCCCUGCAUCAUGGAGAGAAAGGACCUGGGCCCCAAGCCCGCCCUCAUCGGCCACCGCGGGGUCCCCAUGCUGGCCCCGGAGCACACGCUGAUGUCCUUCCGGAAGGCCCUGGAGCACAAGCUGUACGGAGUGCAAGCUGACGUCACCAUCAGCCUGGACGGCGUGCCCUUCCUCCUGCAUGACGCCACGCUGCGGCGCACCACCAACGUGGAGGAGGCGUUCCCCGAGCUGGCCCGCCGGCCCGCCGCCAUGCUCAACUGGACCGUCCUGCAGAGGCUCAACGCCGGCCAGUGGUUCCUGAAGACGGACCCCUUCUGGACGGCCAGCUCCCUGUCCCCCUCGGACCACAGGGAGGUCCAGAACCAGUCCAUCUGCAGCCUCGCCGAGCUCCUGGCGCUGGCCAAGGGCAACGCCACGCUGCUGCUCAACCUGCGCGACCCUCCCCGGGAGCACCCCUACCGGGCCAGCUUCCUCAACAUCACGCUGGAGGCCCUGCUGCGCUCCGGCUUCCCCCAGCACCAGGUCAUGUGGCUGCCGAACAGGCAGAGGUCCUUCGUGCGGAGGGUGGCUCCUGGCUUCCAGCAGACGUCAGGCUCCAAGGAGGAAGCCUCCAGCCUGCACCGAGGCCACAUCCAGUGGCUGAACCUGCGCUACACUCAGGUGUCCCGCCAGGAGCUCAGGGACUACGCCUCCUGGAACCUGAGCGUGAACCUCUACACGGUCAACACUCCGUGGCUCUUCUCCCUGCUGUGGUGCAUGGGGGUCCCCUCCGUCACCUCUGACAACGCCCACACUCUGUCCCAGGUGCCGUCCCCCCUCUGGAUCAUGCCCCCGGACGAGUACUGUCUUCUGUGGGUCACCGCGGACCUGAUCUCCUUCACCCUCAUCGUGGGCAUCUUCGUGCUGCAGAAGUGGCGCCUGGGGGGCAUCCGCAGCUACAACCCCGAGCAGAUCAUGCUGAACGCGGCAGUGCACCGGACCAGCCGGGACGUCAGCAUCAUGAAGGAGAAGCUCAUCUUCUCAGAGAUCAGCGAUGGCAUGGAGGUCUCCGAUGAGCUCUCCGUGUGCUCCGACAACAGCUAUGACGCAUAUGCCAACAGCGCCACCCCCCCAGGGGAGCCCCGAGGGACAGGCAGCCAUACCAAGCCGCUCACAGACCGGAGUGGGCGUUAG